CUUUUUUUUUUCUUUCUAUUUCUUUCUUUCUCUUUACUAUUCAAGAUGGCUGACAUGAACCAAGUUGCCAAGGCUUUUACUGACUUUUAUUACAAUACUUUUGACGCCAACAGAGCUCAGUUGGUUUCUCUUUACAGAAAUGAAUCCAUGCUUACUUUUGAAGGACAACAAUUUGCUGGUGCUUCAAACAUUGCUGAAAAGUUAACUUCUCUUCCUUUCAGCAAAGUUGUUCACAAGGUCAGCACUGUGGAUGCUCAACCUGGUAACCCUUCUAGUGGUUCUAUUAUCGUCUCUGUGACUGGUGGUCUUUUGAUCGAUGAAGAUCAAAACCCUCAAUUGUUUUCUCAAACUUUCCAUUUGAUCCCUGAAAAUGGCUCUUACUGGGUCUACAACGACAUUUUCCGUUUGUGUUAUGUUUAGGCAUCUAUCCCCCCCCCUUUUUUUUUUUAUAAAAAAGAAUAAAGUGUUUUUUUUAUAUACAUA